GGUUGUUGGCAUUUGGCAGAUUUACAAAGGGUGGAAAGAUGUUGGACGUCUCACAUUGAGGGAUGCAGUGUAGACUCUGAGGCCCCUUUCAAGCUCAGGGUCCCAGCGGGUCAUCAUCAUAGACAGACUGAGAAUGCAUUGAGCACCCUCUUCAACAGUGUGCCGGGUCUCAUUCUUAGGAGGUGAUGGGCCAGUUCUAGGCUCCAGAGGCCCCGGCGCAGGACUGGAGUGGGGUGUGCUGCAUUCUGACGGUUGGAAGCAAAGGACAUCACAGAGUAUCUUGCAGCAGGAGCCAUGGAACCAGCUGACCUUCUCUCCACUGAUGCCAACCAUCAAUGAAGUUGGACUGAAGAACACCCGAUGCCGUUGAUUCACAGUGCUGGGCCUUCAGCUUGGCUGUUGACAGUGCCAAGGGGGCGUGCCGCGCUUCUCAAUUGCCCCGUAUGCUGACAGGGAGGUGCCCAUGAUGUAGGCCCUGACAGCGGCUUCUGGCAAUUGCAGGACUGGAAAGGACCGUGGGUGCUGUCAGCUGCUUAGAUGAUGGUUCGGCGGGGCCUAGUGGUCUGGCUGUCUCGGGUAGGAGUUGGGUUGGUGGUUCUCUGCUGCUUGGUAUCAAUGCUCUACAUGUUGGCCUGCAGCCCCCGAGGUGACACGUGGCAUCUUGCCUUCCCCAGGCACAAGAGCCUAACAGGAAAAGAGAAACACCAAGACAUUCUCUGGGUGAGAGAGGAGCAUCCGCAGGACUACAUCAGCAGCUUGAAGCAGCAGGUUGCCCAGCUGAAAAGGGCUCUCCGGGAGAGGAGCAGGCAGCUGGAGAACAUGCAGGGGCAGAGCAAUGGAACCGUGGGAAUGGAGCUGGGGCAGGAGCGCCCCAGGGGGACUCAGGCCGAUCUCCUGAGGUUCCUGCAUUCCCAGAUUGACAAAGCUGAGGUUCACAGGGGUAUGAAGCUGCCAAGUGAGUAUGCGGCCAUGCCCUUUGAGAGCUUCACUCUGCAGAAAGUGUACCAGCUGGAAAUGGGCCUGUCACGUCACCCGGAGGAGAAGCCAGUGCAGAAGGACAAGCAGAAUGAUCUAGGAGAAGUGAUUGAGUUGGGCUUGGAGACCUUAAACAGGCUGAAGGACCAGGACAACACGGGACAACAGAGGUUUUCCACCGCUGACUUUGUAGAAGGCAUCUAUCGGACGGAAAGAGACAAAGGCACCUUGUAUGAGCUGACAUUCAAAGGACACCAGAACUAUGAAUUCAAGCGAAUUGUCCUGUUCAGGCCAUUUGGCCCCCUCAUGCAAGUGAAGAAUGAAAAUCUCAACAUGGCACACGCCCUUGUUAAUAUCAUAGUCCCACUGGCUAAAAGGGCUGGCAAGUUUCAUCAGUUCAUGCAGAACUUCAGGGAAACGGGCAUCCGUCAGGACGGAAGAAUUCACCUCACUGUCAUCUACUUUGGGAGAGAACAACUGAGUGAGGUCAAGGAAAUCCUAGAAAACACCUCCAAAUCAGCACAGUUCAAGAAUUUCACCUUUAUCCAGCUGAACGAGGAGUUCUCAAGAGGGAAAGGACUGGAAGUCGGUGCUCGCAUCUGGAACGGCAGCAACGUGGUUCUCUUCUUCUGCGAUGUGGAUGUCUACUUCACUGCUGAAUUCCUCACCGCAUGCAGACUCAAUACACAGCCAGGAAAGAAGGUAUUUUAUCCUAUUCUUUUCAGCCAAUAUAACCCAAGCCUAAUUUAUGGGCACCAUGAUUCCAUCCCUCCCCUGGAACAGCAAUUGACUGUUAAAAAGGAGACUGGAUUUUGGAGAGACUUUGGAUUUGGAAUGACUUGCCAAUACCGCUCUGAUUUCAUCAACAUUGGAGGAUUUGAUCUUGGAAUUAAAGGCUGGGGAGGGGAAGACGUACACCUGUACCGGAAAUACCUUCGCAGCAACCUCAUUGUGGUCAGGAGUCCUUCCCGGGGCCUUUUCCACCUCUGGCAUGAAAAGGUCUGUCUAGAUGAGUUGACGCCCGAGCAAUAUAAGAUGUGCCUCCAGUCAAAAGCCAUGAAUGAGGCUUCCCACGGCCAGCUUGGGAUGCUGGUCUUCAGGAAGGAGAUUGAGGCUCACUGGCGUAAAAAGAAAACAGGCAUGAAGAUCACAAAAAAGGAUGAAAAGGAAAGGCAUCAAAAUGUCGAAGGGGGUUCUAGAGGAAAAAAGAUGUCCCAAUGAUCAAUACCAAUUGGUUGAACAUGUUCCAGUGAUUAAAAUAAUAGAAUCCAUGAUUUUACCAGGGCCAGGGCCCCUGCCUUGCAGGAAGACACAAUCAAAGCACUCCUGACAGAUGGACAUCCAGCCUCUGUUUGAAAAUCUCCCAAGAAGGAGAC